AGCUGGUUAUACUUUCCCUUUUCGUUUCAUCAGAGCAACAGAGAGAGUGUGAAAAUGGCGUCGGCUAGAGAAUGGAUAGAAGGAGACGAAACGGCGAAGCAGUUCCUAACAAGGGUUCUCUCGGAGCGGCCAUUUUUACCACUACCUCCACCUCUUCAUCGCAUCCCUCUCCGCGCCGGCAACGUCGUCGAAAUCGUCGGCCCUUCUCCUUCUUCCAAAACUCGCAUUCUUAUUCAGGCUGCUAUUAAUUGUAUUUUGCCUAAGGCAUGGAAGGGCAUCAACUAUGGAGGCUUGGAGCGAUUAGUAAUGUUUAUUGACCUGGAUUGUCGUUUUGAUGUGUUAAGCCUUUCACAAUCACUGAAGCGGCAGAUCAUUAAAGCAAAUGGCCACAAGCUAAAUAAAGUGGAUGAUUCUCUUAGUGGAUCAAAGGAUGUGCACUCGGAAUAUGACCAAGAAUUGUUCGCAGUCAGCAUGAGAAGGUUCUUGUACAUACGCUGUUAUGAUAGUUCUGAAUUUCUUGCCACUCUUAAGACGAUGCAUCUCCAACUUCAAAAGGAAAAAGAGGCACAUGGUACUGGUGUUUGUUUGCUUAUGAUUGACAGUAUUGGAGCUUUUUAUUGGAUGGAUCGUGCUUCACCUUCUAUACCACCAGGGAGCAUUAACAGGAAAAGUCUGUCUCUGCAAUGUGUGUCAGAGAGUGUUGUUCAAGAGAUCCAGAAGAUCCUUUUGGUGCAUCCGAUGCUUGUUCUAACUACAAAAGCAACAAGUUUACAGGAUAAAUAUACAACACGCGAAAUUAGGAUUAUAGGACAGUUGUCUGUUGAGGGUACCUUGGACUCGAAGACCAUCAGAAGUAGUGCUAGUGUUCAACUGUAUCGGGAGUAUAUGCCUUCUGUGUGGCAGUCCUUUGUUUCUCACAGAAUACUUGUGCGCCCUUCAGAUGAUAGUGGGAAAUAUCAAAAGCAGCCCAUCUAUUUGUCGGAAUGGCUGUUGCCAUCCCUGAAGAUAUCAGACAAAUUCACAUUCAAUGAUGACGGUGCAUACAUCAUAUCAUGAAGACAUGUUUUUGGACUGGCUUUUGACAUACCGAUUCAUGAUUGCUCCCUCAACUUGAGGUCAGGCAAUUAAUUGAAGCCCAAGAUGAAUUUCCUAAUGUCACUUGUUCAUCUGGCAGUGGUACCAAGUAUCAACUCUCUUUUCAUAGUUGUUUGCUUGGAGCCUUAACACUCUGACGAAAGUUGAUUAAUAACUACGGAUGACCCUAAGCUAGCUAAAGGUUGACGUGACAUGCGAAGUGGAGGUUUUCUGCCUAUGAAGAUUUUGGAUAGACAAUUCCUGGCAGAAGAAAUUGCUGAGUGUCCUCAAUAUUUUGUUGCAGGUUCUGGGUACAGAUAGACGAUGAUGUCCAUCUUCUUUACAUCAGCCGAUGUGAACAACAAUCAAAGCAAGAAAAGGAAAAGACAGAUGUCAAAAGUUUUCUGAGUAUUUAUGGAUUGUUCAUAUAAUCUCUGAGUUUGGGACACAAAUCUGCUCGAGAAGAGGAAAAAUUGGAGUUGGACAGUGAAGCAUAUAAGACUUCUAAGAAAGUAAAGUAAAAGCAGCACAAUUGGUAAUUUCAGUAGCUAAUGAGCUGAAGUUGGAGAAAAAAAGUUAAGGCUGCAUUUGUUUUCAGUUGGCAAUCUUUUGUGUUACUGCUGUGAUAUUUGCAUGGGAUGAUAGCUAGGAAUAAGAGGUAAACCUCGUUUGGAGUUCGUAGAAUAUUUAUUUUGUGUUUAGAUAAAUUAAUGACAUGACUUUUGCACAAGAGCUGUUGGAAACCUUGUUAUGGAGUUCUCUUUUUUCUUUCGUUU